UGCCACAUGGGGGGGUGGGGGGCACUGGAGGAGAUUCCCCUGCUGUCUACCCAUCUUGAGCCUCCCUGACUGAUUGCGGUUAGAUUGUAGUCGGCGUCCGUCGUAGUGGUGGAGGAGGUCAAACAGUCCAGCCAGCAGCUCGCUCAGAACAGGCAGGAGCCAGCCGAACAUUGUGCUCAGCGACACACGCACUUAACUACUGCAACUUUUCUCUGCACUUCUUCCCAAUCAAUAAAACAUCAUGGGGAAAGGAUGUGUGACGGCGACCAAGUACUUCCUGUUCAUCUUUAACCUCAUCUUCUUUCUUCUGGGUGGCGUCAUCAUGGGCUUUGGAUUGUGGCUCCUCCUGGACAAUCAGAGCUUCAUAGUUGUGCUCAAUGACUCCAUAGCUGUCAAGGCCGCGUGCUACAUCCUAAUUGGAGUUGGCACUUUCGCCAUGCUUUUGGGCUUCCUCGGCUGCUUGGGAGCUAUUUAUGAGAUCCGCUGUCUGCUUGGUCUAUACUUCACCUGCCUCUUGUUGAUCCUCAUUGCUGAGAUUGUAGCUGGCGCCCUCAUCUACUUCCAGAAGGACGUGUUGAAUGAAGAGAUGUCUAAGAUUGUAUCCAAGGUCUUGGACAACUAUCCAGGCAACUACUCGACCACAGCGCAAGCGUGGGACUUCAUUCAGAGAAAUAUGGAAUGCUGCGGCUGGACCGGUCAAAGCGAUUGGAGCGGAAACAUGGUGAUCAUCAACAGUUCUCAACUUCUGUUUCCCUGCUCGUGCUACAACAUCUCCCUCGCAACUGGAAACGUCUCAGAGAGCGGCUUCUGCGAGGCUCAGACACCAGAAUGGCCCGUAUACGACACGGGUUGUGCUCUCAACGUGGAGAGCUGGCUCCUCACCAACAUCGGGGUUGUUCUGGGAAUCUGCAUCGCAAUCGCUUUGAUUGAGCUGCUGGGGAUGGUUCUGGCCAUCUGGUUGUGCAAGAACAUUCACAGGGAGGACUACACCAAAGUGCCAAAGUACUAAGUUCACCACACUGAGUUUGGCCUGAACCGAAGCUAAUAAGGCAUUUUUCCACUUAAUUUUCGGUUAAAUGUUUUGUCCAAAUGUAAACCUAUGUGUUAGCUUUACAUUUAGUUGAUAACCUCUUUUGAGGUAGUUUUUUUUUUUUCUCAGACCAGUCUUGCUCGAAGCACUUUAAAAAGGUUUGAAACUUUUGAUCCAAAAGUGAUGUUGCAAAUGUUUUGACUGGUUUAGAGGAACCUGCAGGAGUUGGGGAGGGUGGGUGUGGGGUGAAGAAGGAGGGGUGAAAUUUCAGAAAGACGUGGUCCUGUAUUAGUUUUUACAUUCUUAAGGUUUUAGUUUUUCCUUGAGAUGCUGUGACCAAUUUACACAGCUGUCAAAUAUCCCCAAUUCUGGUGAGUUUUUUUUUUUUUUUAAAGAUAGUUAUUCUAGCAUAAUAUAUGAUUUCAUGACUUUGUAUAUAAUUUCAUUUAUUAUUUCUGCAAACCUGACCCUAAAGUACUUCCAUGUUUAUCAAUGCAAGCUGGUUGCUCAUUCUACUUUCAAAACUGUUUUCCUACUCUUAUUGUAUAACUUAUUGGCUAUAACAGAAGCAAUUUAAUGUUAAAGAAAAACUUUUGGAAUCGAUUUCCAAUGUGGGGGAGCAGGAACAUAAAGGUUGUUUACUUUAAAAUGUUGAGAAACAAAGUGCCAUGUGGGCUAAAUUGAUUUGUUUUUUUAAAACACAUUUUAAGUUUUUGUAUUCUAUAAUUCUUUUGUAAUCCAAUUUCAACUUUUACCUGAGAAAAUUUGGUACUUUUCUUAUGUAUAAAUUUGUUGUCCAUUCUGUACAGCGAGUAUAAAAAACACCCUACAUUAACCCUUUAAUGGUGUUCUUAAAGGUAUGACUUUUUUGUAACAAUGUAUCGUAGACAGACUGGGAAAGAAGAUGGUUUAGUAAUUUCGAACUCACAACAUUAAUUCUAUUCUGUUUCCCUUGCCAAUAAAGUCAUUACAAUUGGAUGAAGCCGAACAGCCCGAUACUCUGUAACAUCUCCAACAUAACCCAUAGACAGUUUUCCUGCGACUUGACAUGCUGCCAUCUUGGGGUGUUGUUUUCUAAGUUUAUUGUUUUGUUCUGUGCUUAUUGAGUGUUUGAAUAAAGAAUUCUCCUGAUAUCAA